AUGGGGACGGUGAGCGCGGCCUUUCGGGAUCAUCUGCAGCAGCUGUGCCUGCACCAGUUCCCGUGUGGCACGGGCAGCUGGAACAAAUCCCGCUUUAUGUCAAGGAAGAGGAAAUCCUGGAGGGUGGGGACAUCAAAGGAGGAGGAGAAUCGGGACCCCGGGGAGGAAAGCCUGGAGGCCCUGGUGGAACUGGUGCAUAGCCCACAUUCCCCCUGGGUCCUGCCUGAAGAUUCCAGUGCAGAGGAUCACUACCUGAGAGAGCUAGCCAUCAGGAACCCUCAUGUCCUCCGGGACAGCUUCUUCUUCUCCUACUUCAAGUGCCUCAGAGUUGUUGAUAAGGGGGUGAAAGAAAUUGACUCAAACCUGUUAAAGUUUUCCAACCUUGAAGAGUUGAUACUGACCGCCAAUAGAAUCAGGAAAAUCAAUGCGGAGAAUCUGCCUCAGACUCUCAAGGUGCUGGAACUGUAUGGCAAUGAGAUCACUGAUACAGAAGGCCUGUGCUCCCACCCACCGCCCAAACUCCAGCAUUUAGGUCUUGGAAGCAACAGGUUAUUUGGCUCCUUGGAAACAAUAUAUUUCUCAGCCAACUUCUGGCCCAACCUGGUCUCCCUGGAUCUGGGCUUCAAUGAUCUGACGGAGCUGCAGAAUGUGGUUUCCAGCCUGCGUCCCCUUAGAAAGCUGCGCCUUCUGGUGCUGCAGGGGAACCCUUUGGCCCUGGUCCCCAGCUAUCGGGGCUUCACCAUCGACAGCCUCUCCCGCCUCUCUGUCCUGGAUGACAUCACUGUCUCGCCCGAUGAGAAGCACCAGUUUUGGGGGCUCAGCCACAAACGAGCUCUCGUGGAGGAUGAGGCGCAGCUGGUGGUGACCGUAGGGCGUGUUGGGGGCGUCCCGAACUCUGCAGCCGAAGACCCAGAGCCGGGGCCUGAUGGCCCUUACAUCUCCUACAGCUACUACGUGACCUACGACUUCAUGGAAGAUGAGGAGGCCAGCAGAGGAAGCAAGGUCACAGGGGUCCUGGCCGAGGUGAUCCAAGCUUCUGGGAGCCAGGGUUCUCUGAUCUCCAAGAGUCCACCAGAAGACAAUAAAGAGGCCAGAGAGUUAGCAGCACCACUGCCCGUCGCCAAUGCCCGGCUGACGCCACCCCCAGGUGCGGUUCUGUUCAGCACUCUCCACAAGCCCUGGGCCGACGUGAUUGAGUGUAACUACAGCAUGCAGCACUGCCUGACGGACCUUGUACCUCUGAAGGCCUUUCUGCUGUCAGGGACCACGGUGACGGUGGUGGAGGAAAAGAUUCUCUCUUGGCCGAUUCUUCCCCCUCCCUCCGAGAGUUCUCCACUUGGCAAAAAAGAAAAGAAGAACCAAGAGGUGGGCAAGAAGAACAAAGAAGUGGGCAAGAAGAACCAAGAGAAGGGCCAGAAGAACCAAGAGAUGGGCAAGAAGAACCAAGAGAUGGGCAAGAAGGAAAAGCCAAAGGGUGGGAAAGAAGCUGGCAAGCAUAAGCGGAAGGAGAUCCCGCGAGACUUGCAGCAGGAUCCUCCCCUGCUGCGGGUCCUGGGCAGUGGUCAGCUCAGCCUGGAGCCCCUGGUGUCUGGUGAGGCGCAAGUGUCUGCUGUGUGCAACUUUGGGGUCCUCCGCUCCGUGCCUACACCGGGGACUGCUUCCAUCAAGGAAACAAAGGACAAGAAGAGUGGGAAAAAAGAUGAGUCAGAUCAGAAGGCAGCAGCUAGAGGAAAAGGGAAAGUCAGAGAGUACCUUGAGACUGAAACGGUUGAACCCCAACCUGAGCCCUUAACAGUAGAAAUCCACGUGCAGUUAAUUCAGUGGAAGAGCACUGCAGAAGCUAUGAAGAAAUGAGAGGAUCAACCACUGGGUGCAUAAUGCCUGGCUUCUUUGAGUGUUUCUGGGUUUUUUUUCCUCUUCAAUUAAUUGACUUU